AUGGAAAUUCUUUUACGCGUACCUAUAAGAUCCCUUCUCUGUUUCAAAACCGUAUCCAAACGUUGGCUUUCAAUCAUUACUCAUCCACAUUUUUCUGUCCUCUGUCAACCCAAUCCAAAUCGCGCAAUAGGCCUUUUCUUGACCUGUCCUUAUUCUCUUCCAGCAAAACCCCAGUUCGAUUAUGUUCAUUUUGAUAAGAAAAAUCCCCCAAAACCACCAUUUAAGAAUCUCAAAUUCAUUAAAGACUCUUCUGGUAUUAGUGUUCUGCAAUCUUGCAAUGGACUAAUACUCUGUUCCAACUCCCCUUCGCGUCUAGCUAAAACAAAUUACUAUGUUAGCAACCCCACUACGAAACAUUACACAGCACUUCCAAAAUCAGUUCUUGAAACUGAAAAUUCUAAAAUUCAUGGUAUAAGCUUAGCUUUUGAUCCUGCCAAGUCUCCUCAUUACAAAGUAAUAUGUGUUCGCGAUUCUGUUUCGUCUCCUCAACAUUAUCAGAUUGAAAUCUACUCAUCUCAAACAGGGACAUGGAGACUAUCAGGUGAUCCAUUCAUUGCUGAUGUUAAUUUCUCCAAAGGGGUUUAUUGGAAUGGAUCAAUUUACUGGAUUAGUACUAUUGGAAACUUGACUUGUUUAUAUUACAAUCUUGAUUUUGAGAGGUUAGGGAUAAUGCCAAUGCCACAUUUUCCAGAUGAUCAAGGAACAACUAUAACAUAUUUUGGUGAAUCUUGUGGCCAUUUGCACCUCACAAAAAUUUCAUUCAACACAAUUUGA